UGUCGUGUUCGCACUUCGCGCACUCGUUUUAUUUUCGUAAUAAUUAUUUAUGUUUUUACCAAUUUCCUGAGUAUAAGACUACACAUUUUGUAGCAUAAAAUGUCUGGAGAGAAAAGACCAAGAACACCAGAUGCCCCGGACCCAGAAAAACAAGAAGAGGGCGAUGACGCAGAAGGCUGGAUAGGACCAAUGCCUUCCGAAGCUAAUACAGAAAAACCUAAAAAGAGAAAAGUUCUGGAGUUUGAAUCGUUGUACAUGGAAAAUCUACCACUUUCCGAGACGUACGAACGGAGUUACAUGCACAGGGAUGUAGUGACACAUGUAGUUGUUACAAAAACUGAUUUUGUCAUCACUGCAAGUCAAGACGGUCAUUUGAAAUUCUGGAAAAAACAGGAGGAAGGUAUAGAGUUUGUGAAACAUUUCCGAUGUCACCUCGCACCAAUCAGUCACAUAGCAACAAACAGCACUGGUACCUUGUUGUGUACAGCUUCCACAGAGAAAACUGUUAAAGUAUUUGAUGUUGUAAAUUUUGACAUGAUAAACAUGAUAUCAAUAGAGUUUGAGCCGUAUUGCACAGAAUGGGUGCAUUCAGCUGGGGAUCCUAUAUCAGCAUUGGCUGUGUCAGAAAAAGGCUCCAACAAAAUCCACAUAUUUGAUGGCACGCAAGCAUCAGGUACGCCAUUACAUACCCUUGAGUUGCACCAUAAAGAAGUAGUGACGAUCAAGUACAACCCAGUCUUUGAAGCAGCGGUGUCUGUAGACAAGGCCGGCAUAGUGGAAUACUGGACAGGACCCAAACAUGAAUACCAGUUUCCGAGAAAUGUGAAAUUCGAGUCAAAACUCGACACGGAUUUGUUUGAGUUUGUGAAGCACAAGACAUACCCAACUGCGCUCGAUUUCUCGCCGGACGGCAAGAAAAUGGCAUCAAUAGCUUUGGAUAGACAGGUACGAGUGUUCCACUUCCAGUCGGGUAAGCUGCACAAGGUGCUGGACGAGAGUCUCAAGCGGUUCACCGAGCUGCACGCGCACACGCAGCAGCUGCCCAACAUGGAGUUUGGACGACGUAUGGCGGCGGAACGUGAGCUAGAGAAAUCCGACGCGGCGCAACUAGCGAACAUCGUGUUCGACGCGAGCGGGCACUUCGUGGCGUACGCGACGAUGCUCGGCGUGAAGCUCGUCAACAUCACCACGAACCGCUGCGUCGCGAUGCUCGGCAAGCCGGAGAACUUGAGGCCGUUGCAGCUGGCGCUCUUCCAGGGCCGCACGAACCAAUCCAAAGUAGCGUCCACCCUCGAGAUGGAGGGGUCAGAAAACCCCUCGCUGCUGUUAGUCAAAACCGACCCGACGUUAUUCUGCACCGCUUACCGCAAGAACCGCUUCUACAUGUUCUCCCGUCGCAGCCCCGACGAUGUGAAGAGUCCUGAUGCUGACAGAGACAUAUUCAACGAGAAACCGUCUAAGGAGGAUAUUAUAUCGGCUACGGAGGGCCAAGGUGUAUCGCGCACAUACGAGUCGGCGAUCCUCCAUACGUCGAUGGGCGACAUCCACAUCCGGCUGUUCGGCGCCGACGUUCCGCGCGCCGCCGAGAACUUCUGCGGCCUCGCGCGCGCCGGAUACUACAACGGGCACGUGUUCCAUCGCGUGAUCCGCGGGUUCAUGAUACAGACGGGCGACCCCACGGGUACGGGCACGGGCGGCGCGAGCCUGUGGGGCGGGGAGUUCGCGGACGAGUUCCGGGCGCACCUCAAACAUGACCGCCCCUACACCGUCAGCAUGGCCAACGCCGGCCCCGACACCAACGGCAGCCAGUUCUUCAUCACGCUUGCGCCAACUCCCUGGCUAGACAACAAGCACACGGUGUUCGGUCGCGUGGUCCGCGGCAUGGAGGUAGUACAGAACAUCGGCAGCGUCAAGACAAACCCCAAGACUGACAAACCCUAUGACGACGUCCGAGUGAUCUCUGUCACUGUCAAGUGAAUAUAAUUGCCACCCGUGCCUAGCACUGCAAGGUCUGCAAGGCAUUCAGUAUACUGUUAACUGAACAUUAACACCUCCACUUUGAUGCUGGCAACUCUGACGGGGAGGCAUACGCCAAAAAGAAGAAGAAGAGAUGUGUCAAAUGAAUUUUUCUUCGUAUGAUGUGGGAAGAAGUCUGCAAACUGUUACAGUUAAUGAUUAAAUAAUGAAGUGAAUAAAGUGAAACUCAUAAAGUUAUACAAGGGGAUCAAACUCAGGAAGUAAAUAGUGUAUUCAGUAGACAAAGAAGUGAAAAACUUACUUGUAAAAAGUGAAUGAGUUACGUUUGAUAAAUAAUUAAUGAUCUGGAUAUAAUUGAGUUGUUCUUAAAAU